UAGGUGCGAUCAUCAACUUUCAUUUACUAUGUCCACCAUUAUCCCGUCAGCUAAGGUUUAGGCAUGGCGUGGACGAGUUAGUUUUCCUUCCCCAACGCUUUUCUAAAAUCCCUUUGAGUCUUAGAUCUGAUAGUGCACCCGAACCCGUCGACUCGAUCCCUUUUAGUCUGCGCGAAUAUGGCUUUUCUAUCACAGCCUCGGAAUACGACUGUGCGGCCCCUGCUUUCGCGGCUACCACUGGCAGUCGUUCUCGUGUUUUUCGCACAGCUAUCGCAUGUCGCCCGCCACACCACCGCGGCGGCCGCACGGACUUCGGCAGCCAGUCAUUUUUACGGGAGCAGCGCCCGCAGCAGCAAGAGCGCGGCGAACAGCGAAAUUAUGCUCGACGACUCUUCAAGGAUCAGCGAGGAGGCCACCUUGACGGAGGGGGCGGAGAGAAGUAGCAGUGACGAGCGCGACCCGCUCAUUGCCGCGGCCGCCGUAACUGCCAUGGCGGCGGUCUCGAAGGCGCGGAGGCGCGCUGCGGGAAGAUGCGUCUCGCCGGCCAGACCAUCCAAGUGGCGCGGCUUCAUUGGCUCUCUCCGGCCGUCCAUCGUGGUUUCUAAGGACGGCUCCGGCAACUACCGCACCAUCUCGGAGGCGGUGGCGGCGGCCCCCAAGGGCGCGGUGAUCCACGUGCGCGCGGGCGUGUACGAGGAGCAGGUGCGCGUGAGGCAGGACCGCGUGCUCUUGGUGGGGGACGGGCACCGCCGCACGGUCAUACGAGCGGGGCGGAAUCAGGCGGAGGACACUGCGCUCAUGGACACUGCCACUCUAGGCAUAUACGGGUCAGACUUCGUGGGCAUGGGAUUAGGCGUGGAGAACACAGCAGGGCCGGACGGCAAGCAGGCCGUGGCAGUGCGGUCAGACGGCGACAAAACAGCCUUCUACCACUGCCGCUUCUCAGGCUACCAGGACACACUCUUUGCUCAGGAAGGGCGGCACUACUACAGCCACUGCCAGAUUGAGGGCACUACGGAUUUUGUCUUCGGCCAUGCUGCUGCUGUCUUCUAUCGCUGCAUCCUUGUUGCUCGCCCCAGCCCUGAGCCAGUCUACGUGGCAGCGUCAGGCAGAGCCUCCUCUGCAGAAGCCACUGGGUUUGUGUUUAUCCGAUCGGAUGUGAAGGGCAGUGAGCCAGGGACUCAGGCGAAUCAGCAGGGGAGGGUGUAUCUGGCCCGGCCGUGGGGCAUGUAUGCGAGAACAGUGUUCAUUGGGAGUAGGAUGAGUGGAGUAGUGAACGCCGAGGGGUGGGCGGCGUGGCAUGGGAGACCGUCUAGUCGAUCCCCGUUCUUUGCGGAAUAUGGGUCGCAUGGGCCAGGGGCGGCGGAGGGGAUGAGAGCCGCAUGGGCGCAGCCCAAGGUGCUUCGGAAGGAUGAGGUGAGGAAGUUUUGGCCUGGAAGAUUCAUUAGGCUGCAUACAUGGAAGAACCAAACAAGAAUCCCCUGCUGAUGCUGAGCCUUGCAGCAGGGGCUGUACCUAUAAGAAUGUGGUGUGGUGGUGAUCCCACUGAAAUGCACUGUAAUGUAGCAUGUCUUACGCUUCCAGGUAGUACGGUAGAUCAACCAUG